AUGACCGCAAAAACUCGUUCACAUUGGAAGGAAUAUGGAACAGCACUGUGUGCGACACUCAUUACUGCAACAGCAGGAACUUGCUACGGUUGGCCGUCACCGACUCUUUCGUAUCUACAAUCAAAAGAAAGCUCGAUACCAACAUCGCCUGCCGAGGGGUCAUGGAUAGUUUCAAUAAUGAUCCUAUGUUCAGCACUAACCCCUAUUCCCUCGGCCUAUUUCGCCGAUCGCUUCGGAAGAAAAACUACUCUUCUUCUCGGAGCCAUACCCUUCAUCCUCGGCUGGGUGCUCGUCAUCGUAGCAAAAUCCGUCCCCGUUCUGUACGUAGCCCGAAUGUUCUCUGGUCUCGGGUACGGUAUCGUGUACACGGUUGCCCCCAUGUACACAGGAGAGAUUGCCACAAAUGAAGUCAGAGGAGCCCUUUCAACUCUCAUUACAUUAAUGAAUAAGGUCGGUAUACUUGCCCAAUUCUGCAUCGGCCCCUUCGUUACGAUGCGAACUUUAGCCGCCAUCAACUUGAUCCUACCCAUUUCGUUCGUAAUUACCUUCAUCUUUCUACCGGAAUCGCCGUACUACUAUCUGAAGUUUGAACGUAGCGAAAGGGCGGAAAGAUCGCUCCGGAGAUUGCGAUCAGGUGACAUAAGAUUAGAACUUAAGAAUAUUGAAAUCAGCGUUCAAGAAGAUAUGAAGAAUAGAGGCACGUGGUUAGAUCUCAUAUCUGAGGCUACAAAUCGAAAAGCUUUGUGGAUAAGCCUUGGGAUUUUCACUAUACAGCAGCUUUGUGGAAGUGCUGCUGUAGUUGCAUAUGCUCAAGUUAUCUUCGAAGUCACCGAAAGCAAAAUAGAACCCUAUCAGGAAUCUAUUAUCCUGGGUUGCGUGCAAGUCUUGACAUGUUGCGUCUCAGUGGUGCUCGUGGAUCGACUUGGGAGAAAGCCUUUACUGUUGCUAUCGGCCCUUGGUGUUGGUCUCAUGAAUGGUAUUAUCGGUACUUACUUUUAUUUCUACGCCACUAAUAAACCGUCUGUGGCAAACUUCUAUUGGGUACCAAUAACAGCCAUUCUAAUCUACAUCGUAUGCUACGCUAUCGGUCUAUCGACGGUCCCCUACGUGAUUAUCGGAGAAAUGUUCCCGACAAAUGUCAAAUUAUAUGCCUCAUGCGUCGCCCAUAUUUACACUGGAUUUUCUAUGUUUGCAGUUCAAAAACUUUUCCAGGUAGUGAAGGAUGCAUGGGGUAUUUACACAGUAUUCUGGGGAUUUUCUGUAUUCUCGCUACUGGGACUUAUGUUUAUGCUGGCGGUACUGCCCGAAACCAAGGGGAAAUCGUUCGCGUCUAUUCAAGCACAGCUACGAAGGGACGUCGCAAGGGACAAUGCCAGUAAACUCAUCACCGUCGAGUAU